GUACUUGGCUAUUAAUAUGCCUCCUCCCCUACGAUCCCUCCGCUCUCUGACGCGACCAGCCUGGAAGUGGCAGCGACCCAUAUGUAACAAUACCCGAAGAACUUUAUCGUCCAUCUCGGCGGCUGAGUUGCAGUUCGGUCAACCUUUGCACGAGACACAUCCUCAUCUGCUGCAAGCUGGUGAGAUCACUCCGGGAAUCACCGCUCAAGAAUACUACGACCGCCGCGUCAAGCUCGCCCAAGCCCUCCCUGCCCGGUCCGUCGCGAUCCUCGCCGCUGCCGAUGUCAAGUACCGCUCCGGCGCCGUCUUCUACAAAUUCCACCAGGAUUCAGAUUUUCUCUAUCUGACCGGAUUCAAUGAGCCCGAUGCUCUCGCCAUAAUAGAAAAGAUCGACGAUCAUGAACCCAUCUUCCACCUUUACGUACGACCCAAAGAUGCCCAUGCCGAGCUAUGGGAGGGCGCGCGUUCAGGCGUCCAAGCCGCAUCCGACGUCUUCAACGCAGACGUACCCGGCGACAUCGACCAACUCCCAACCGCCCUCGAAGCCGUUCUAAAGCGUGCUGAGCACGUCUAUACCGAUCUCCCCGGCUCUCGCGUUCCCAAAAACACGCUCUCUCGCUACCUCUCCGGCAUCGAGAACCCCAACCAAGCUGGUGGCAUCGCAUCCCUACUUCGCACCGCCCACGCACAACCCCCGAACCCGCUCCGCCCCCUUCUCAACGAUCUCCGCGUCCUCAAAACCCCCGCCGAAAUCAAAAACAUGCGUCGCGCGGGCCAAUUAUCAGGUCGCGCCAUCACAGACGCUAUGCGCCGCUCCUUUACAUCCGAAGCAGAGCUCGACGCUUACCUCUGUAACCGCUUCACGCAACACACUACAGACCCCAACCUCCAAGGUCCCGCAUACGUCCCCGUAGUCGCAGGCGGCAGCAACGCAAAUACCAUCCACUACGUUACAAACGAUAAACCGCUCGACCCAUCGUCCCUCGUCCUCGUAGACGCAGGAGCGCAAUACGCGCACUACAUCGCCGAUAUAUCACGGACAUGGCCCGUUUCAGGACGCUUCACACCCGCUCAACGCGAUCUUUACAAGUUGCUGCUAGAUGUACAGAGGAGCUGCGUCUCGCUAUGCUCAACCACUUCCAACCUCUCCCUCGACCAGCUCCACCGCAUCGCUUCGCGUACCCUGGCAUCUGGCCUCGAGGAUCUAGGCUUCGAUAUGAAAUCCCACUCCGAUGCCAUUUCUACACUCUUCCCGCAUCAUGUCGGACACUACGUGGGAAUGGAUGUCCAUGAUUGUCCUGGAUUGAGUCGACGGAGACCCUUUGAAGAGGGCAUGUGUGUUACAGUUGAGCCGGGGAUAUACGUACCGGAGGGUGAUGAGAGGUGGCCGGCUUGGGCGAGGGGGAUUGGGAUGAGGAUUGAGGAUUGUGUUUGCGUGGGAGGUGAGGAAGGAGGGAACAUUGUGCUUACGACUGAGGCGGUCAAGGAGAUUGUUGAUAUUGAAGCUUUGAAAGAUGUUUGAGUACGAGGGAGAGUGCGCGUGAAGGGUUUGGUGUAUGAGUUGAUGUAAUUUUAGGAUAAGUGGGUGGGAUUGUACUAGUAAAAUCAUCUCGAAUAUC